AUCUGAAUCGUCAACGCUAACGAGUAAAUAACCACAUUAUUCGCCAUGCAUUCAUCCAGUCUCCAUCGUGCCACAGGCUGCGCUAGGUUCCACGGACAGGAAACCGACAGCAAAGAUCGACCGCCUUGAUCUGAUAUCAUGGGUGUUGUCGUCUCCAGCACAUCAACAACAUCGCCAUUCUUCCUCACAAGCGGCAUCAUUGGCUUCGUCUCCUUCGCCUUCACGGUCGGUACGUUCCUGCGCGUGCUCUGGGUGAACAUCAUGACGCUCGGCGAAGCUCCGCACGAAGUCCACUCCUUCCUCACAAAUCUACGGACGGAGUUACAGGAGGAAAGGGCAAGUCUGAAGGUGAUGAGAAAGGUCUGCAAGCGUCGGCAACGCUUGGCUGAGCGAGGUGGAACGUACGCGAGACUUGACAACGGCCUCGACUUGGACGAUGUCACGAUCAAGACGAUGAGCGACGCGAUCAAGCACUUGAUCAAGCAAUUUAGGGAUAUCGAGAAGCCGUUUCUUGAGCCUGGCGAUCAUGGCAUAGAGGAAGGCACGAAGCGUCGGAAAAGGCGGCGGAGUAGUAGAUCAAUCAGUCCUUACGCGCAUUCACCAUACAACUCGCCUCCGGAGAAGGCGUAUGCGCGGUCAAGGACGGAUCAUGACCGGUUACCGCGUUAUGCAGACGAACGUGGAUACGAGGAUGACGAUGACGACAGAUACUGGGCUCAACGGACACGAUACGCGCACUAUUCGUUUUGGAAGCGGCUGGCGUGGAUUUCCAAGAAGCCACAAGCGCAGAACUUAUUUAGUGUUCUAAGUCGCGUGCAAACACGUCGAAUAGCGCGGCAGGUCGGUGGGCUGUCGUAUAUCAUCACUGAGUAUGGGAACAGUGCGAUAGAAACUGAGGAGAUGGUGAGGAGGAUAGAUGAGCGGAUGAAUCGUUUCGUGGGUGUGAGGAGAGCUGAUGAAUGACAGAAGCAGCAAGAUAGUAUCACUUACAGCGGCAUGUGCUCAUCCGACCAUCUAAAAAGCCUCUCGAAUCGUUUGUUUGCUCCUCAAAAAUACUUGACAACGGUUGCGGUCGAAAUCAAGGCCGACGGGCAGUAACAGCACACUGCAGCAAUCUGACACCUGCCUCCAUCCAGCACGUCAAUUGUGUCGGUUGAACUUAUCUCGGUCCACACCAGCGU